AGAAGCAGUGGGCAUGUCCUGGAGAUCAUUUUACUUGGUUCUUCACAUGAUAUAUACAUUGGUCAUGCAGAAAAAGGUCAUCUUUGAAUGCAGUAUUACCUUAGAAAUCUUCCAAACAGUUGAUUUCCUAUGUUAUUGCUUGGUUCAGGACAUCAAUCACCCUAUGAUCUCUCCAGUGACUGAAGCCAAAAUAAAAAUCCUUGUACUAAAUGAACUAAGAUGCAGCAAAAUCUAACAUUUCAAUCAUAUAUCAUCAGUUUCAGAAGCUCACAAGCACAAGCAUCACUGAAACAUUUCACGUCAGGUUUCAGUAGGAUUCAGUAACAUAGCUAGAAGGACGCUGUCCACCUAUCAUCUUUCUUUGUUUUGAUAGACUGAUGUGCACUUCAGAGCGACCAUUUGUUGGUGCGUAAACUUCACAUGGACCUGCUUGUAGCUUCAGAUCUGCUACCAGUCAAACCCUGAUCCCUUUCCCUCGCUGUCUCUUCUUGACUUCUCAACCAAACCAUUAAGAAACCCUUUGCAUUCGUUUCCAAGCAUAAACCAUCAAGAUUAGCAGAGAAUGAUGACGAUAGAUGUGUAAAACUGGCGAAUCAGAUUGGAUCUCUAGUCAUGAGGACAUUUUUUCUGAUAUCUGAUAGCUCAGCUGAUGAUGACAGCAAGCUCUCCCUCUUCAGGCCAUUGACUGCUCCUCCAGGCUCUUCUUUCCAAAGCCCUCGACCAUGUCCACGCCCUGGAAAAUCCUCCCACGUUGCGCUCUCUUCUUCUCCCUCUUCCUCCGCCUCUGCGUCGCGGAUGUGGGCACUGCCGCCUACUACGGCCCGCCUUACACUCCCACGGUCUGCUUUGGCGGAGACACGAGCCGGUUUCCUCCAAACAACCUCUUCGCGGCGGCGGGCGAGGGGGUAUGGGACAACGGCGCAGCUUGCGGGAGGGCGUACACUGUCCGAUGCCUCAGCUCGCCCACUCCGAAGGCCUGCGUCAACGGCAGCACAGUCCAGGUCAAGGUCGUCGAUCAGGGCAGCAUGCUGAACUCGAUGCCGUCCACCAACGGCACGACGUUGGUCCUGUCAAACGCAGCGUUUCAGAUGAUUGCGAGCUCGACGGCUUCCAUCAUCAACAUCGAGUUCGCGCAGGUUUGAUCUGCGUGUCGAAUGAAAGGGGUUGCGAACUUGUGUUCGUCUUACGAGCUUCCUGUUGGUGUCUUUCAAUCUGAUUGCUUUCUCAUGCUAUAUCUCAAGAACGAUCUUCACAUCUA